CAGCCCCCUUUUCAUAUAAAAGAGUAAGGAAAUAGUUGAGUUCAUUGAGAGCCAAGCCAGCGUUUGUGUUGACUGCUCAGAGUCCACGAACUCAGGCUUUUGUUUUAAAACCUCUGUCCGCUACAUCUACGUCUUGGGUCAAACUAUUUCCAAGAGACUCCAGUCAUGGCUUAUCAUAGCUUUCUGCUGGAACCCAUCAGCUGCCACGCCUGGAACAAAGAUCGAACUCAAAUUGCACUGUGCCCCAAUAACCAUGAUGUCCACAUUUAUAAAAAGGAGGGAAAUAGCUGGAACAAGGUCCAUGUACUGAAAGAGCACAAUGGGCAAGUUACUGGUAUCGAUUGGGCACCGGAAAGCAACCGCAUUGUGACCUGUGGCACUGACCGUAACGCUUACGUUUGGACCCUGAAGGGUGACGUGUGGAAGCCCACUCUGGUCAUUCUUAGGAUCAACCGUGCUGCUCGAUGUGUUAAGUGGUCCCCCAAGGAAAACAAGUUUGCUGUGGGGAGCGGAUCCCGCCUUAUCUCUGUCUGCUACUUCGAGCAGGACAAUGACUGGUGGGUCUGUAAGCACAUUAAGAAGCCUAUUCGCUCUACUAUUCUGUGCUUGGACUGGCAUCCGAACAACGUCCUGCUGGCGGCUGGGUCAUGUGAUUUUAAAUGCAGGAUUUUCUCGGCCUAUAUCAAAGAGGUGGAGGAGAAGCCAGCUCCAACUUCAUGGGGCUCUAAGAUGCCAUUUGGAGAGGUGAUGUUUGAGUCGUCUGGCACUGCAGGCUGGGUGCACGGCGUUUCUUUCUCCGAGAGUGGGAAUCGCGUGGCCUGGGCGAGUCACGACAGCACAGUGGCUGUGGCUGAAGGAGGGAAGACUGCUGCCAUUACUAGUCUGACCUCAGAGACUCUUCCCCUGCUCUGUGUGACCUUCAUCACUGAGAACAGCUUAGUGGCAGCAGGCCACGACUGUUACCCCAUUCUGUUUGUCUACGAUGCUGGAAAGGGGGCUCUGACUUUUGGGGGGAAACUCGAUGUUCCCAAGCAGAGUGCUCAGAAAGGCAUGACUGCCAGGGAGCGCUUCCAGAACCUGGACAAGAAAGCCACGUCAGACACUAAGGAGGCUGUGCUGGAGUCCCUGCACAAAAACAGCAUCAGUCAAAUCUCAGUGCUUGAUGGAGGAAAAACUAAGUGCACCAGAUUUUGCACCACUGGCAUGGAUGGAGGGAUGGCCAUUUGGGACAUAAAGACCAUUGAAUCUGCACUGAAGGAUCUGAAGAUUGUCUAGAAGUGGACUUGAAGAUGAAAGACUGGAUGUUGUCAAGUGCUGUUUUUAAGUAAAAAAAAAAAAGAGACCAAAAUAAUAAUAUGGAUUGUCAAUUAUGUAAUAAGAUUUAUUCUUUUACAAGCAGCCGAACAAGGCAGCUGUGAUGUGAUGCUGCACUGCACUUAUAUCAUUUUGAUACUAUUGGGAAUAGAAUGGUGUUUAUGACUUUCAGUACUGCUCCUAUAUUAACUGUCAUGCAAAAGUUUCAAUAAAAGUAAAAAUGGGAAAAAAGAAAAAAAAAACACGAAACAAA